AUGGCCUCUGCUCGCCAGGUGCCUUUUCGUGCCUUCAAUCCUCGCCGUGGGCUCAAUCCGUACCAUAGCCCAUACACUAUCAUUGACUGUGGUGAUAUCCCUAUUUCGCCCUUCGAUAAUGCCCUUGCCCUCCUUCAAAUGACUUCUGCAUUUCUCGAGCUAGGUUCCCGUAAGCCUGUCAUCAAGCAUGCCUCCUUUCCCAAGCCGAAGCUCAUUACUCUUGGUGGAGAUCAUUCAAUUGCACUACCUGCGCUACGAGCAUUGAACAAGAUUUAUGGCCAACCUAUUGCAGUCCUCCAUUUUGACGCUCACCUCGAUACUUGGCAUCCGGCCAAAUACCCAUCUGCAUGGCCUUCUCAGCAAUCAGAUUUCAAUCAUGGGAGUAUGUUCUGGAUGGCUUCUAAUGAAGGUCUCAUCAUCAAUGGUUCUUCCGUGCAUGGCGGCCUCCGAACGCGUCUCCUAGGAUGGGAGGACUACGAGGACGACACUAAUCAAGGCUUUUUACAAAUCAAUGCCGACGAUAUCGACGAUUUGGGGACUCGAGGCAUCAUAGACAUUGUGCUACAACGGAUUGGUACAGAAUUACCUGUCUAUCUCAGCGUUGAUAUAGACGUGAUCGAUCCAGGCUUAUGUCCUGGGACGGGCACUCCCGAGGCUGGUGGAUGGACGAGCAGAGAGCUCAUUCGCAUCUUGCGCGGGCUUGAGAGCCUCAACAUAGUGGGGGCGGACAUUGUGGAGGUAGCGCCUGCUUAUGACGGAACCGGAGAGCAAACCUCAUUAGUUGCUUCGCAGAUUGGAUACGAGAUUCUGACCAGCAUUGUUGGUAGAGGACUUGCAGAAAUGGAUGUGCAGAAAGGGUCAGGCAAUGAAGCGAAAGCUCAUAAUGAACUGUGA